AUGGAGUGGAUGAGCCAAAUGGAGAUGGUUAAACCAAAUGGGGAAUUCCAACCGUACAAAAACCAUUCGUCCAUCAUAUUGGAGCGAGUAAUGUCCCCCAUGUUGAGAAAUGUAAGAAAUUCAAACAAGCAGUUGCAUCACAUGUUGAAUGCUCCAUACAAGUUGACUUGGCUCACGUUGCCAGUGAGAGAUGUUGGUCGAAUAGGAGUGUCUACAACGCCUCAUUUAGUUGGUGGUCAUGAUCAUGAUCAUGAUGAUGAUGAUGAUGAUGAUGAUGUGGAUCCUUAUGGCAGUUUGUUGGAUGAUGAACAAAAAAGAAUUCUUGAAAUUAAAGAACAUCUCGAAGAUCUUGAUCUGUUUGAAGAUUCUCUAAUUGAUCUGCUUCAAAGUUUGGCAGACAUGGAUAUAACAUUCAAAGCUUUAAAGGAGACUAAGAUCGGGAGGAUUGUGAAUCAAUUGAGAAAGCACUCAUCAAAUGAUGUCAGAAGAUUAGUGAAGCAUCUUGUUAGGUAAAAAAUCGAAAUAAACUGAAUUUACCAUUAUAUUCUUCUGCAGUUGAAAUUAACGGUGAAAUUGGAUGGAUGAGUGAGACUAUGUCAUUUUGAAACUUUUCAGGUGAGAAAUUGUCGUUCGCCCAUAAUAAAAUUAAAAAUAUAGCUUAACAUUGGUCCUUUUAUAUUUACU